CAGGUUUUGUUCAGGUUUUAUUCUCACGCACCCUUCACAAGCCAGGAGAGCAUUGAAAGAAAAUACAACAAGAUCCUUCAUCAUGCAGUGCCCACAAUCUCCGGGACAAAUCCUGUCAGAGGAGCAGUUCUCCUGCUCCAUCUGUCUGGAGGUAUUCGUCGAGCCUGUCUCAACUCCAUGUGGUCACACUUUCUGCAAGGCAUGUCUGCAGGGCUUCUGGAAUCACAGCAAGAAGUUUGUGUGCCCCAUGUGCAAGAAAGCUUUCUCCAGAAAACCAGAGCUCAGCAUCAACUGUGUGCUAGCUGAGAUUGCCCAGCAGUUCCAGGGUCUAUCCACAAUGUCCUCCAACAAAAGUGACAAGGGGAACGUUGAUUUAACACAUUCCCCAAGCUUACAGAAAGAAGACGACUGGGGAGAUUUUGCUAAAGCGGGAGAGGUGCCCUGUGAUGCCUGCAUUGGCAGGAAGAUGAAGGCCAAGAAGUCAUGCCUGAAUUGCCCUGGUUCAUUUUGUGAAGCUCACCUGCGGCACCAUAGGAAGGGAAAGGCGAUGACCUCACACAAGCUGGUGGAGCCCAUUCACAACCUGGAGGACAAGAUGUGCAAGGUACACAAACGUCUACUGGAUGCCUACUGCCGAAACGAACAUGUGUGCGUGUGUAAGGAGUGCGCAGAGUCCUCACACAAAGCGCAUGAUGUUGUCUCCACCGAACGAGAGUGGAAGAAAAAAAUGAGUCAACUGGGAAAGAAAAGGUCAGAAUUAAAACAUCUGAUUAAGGAGCGAGAAAAGAAACUCGAGGAGAUCAAGCAGUCUAUCAAAGUCGUGAAAGAGAACAGUCAGAAGGAGAUAGAGGAGAGCUGGACUGUUUACGCAGAGCUGCAGCGGCUGUUAGAGCAGUCGCAAGUUGAGCUGCUGGAGCUCAUCACGGCACGGCAGAAACAAGUGGAGCAGCAGUCCAGAGAUCUCGCCAGUGGCCUGGAACAUGAGCUCAGCACACUAAGGAAGAGGAGCAGUGAGCUGGAUGCACUGGCUCAAACACAGGACAGUGUUCUCUUUCUACAGUUCCUCCCAUCUCUCCCUCCUCCACCGGAGCCAUCUGAUUGGUCGAUGGUGUCUGUAAACACAGAUCUGUACCUCAGUACCAUCAGGAAGUCAGUCUGCUCUCUGGUUGACAAAUUCCAGCAAGAGGUCAAACAGCUUUAUGGGAAAGAGCUCAGAAAGCUGCAAAACUAUGCAAGUGAGGUGAUCUUGGAUCCUGCCACAGCUCAGCGUGACCUUUGUCUUUCUGAGGACGGAAGGCAGGUGCACUAUGAAGAGCAGCGCAAGAGCUCCACAUAUUCCGACACACCGCGCCGCUUCAGCCCAGCACUGUUUGUGCUGGCACGCGAGGGUCUUUCCACUGGAAGACACUACUGGGAGGUAGACAUCGGACACAAGACAGCCUGGACCGUAGGAGUGGCCCGAGGGACGGCACGACGCAAAGGAGAGAUCCGCCUCAGUCCAGAGGGCGGCUUCUGGUGUUUAUGGCUGAAAAACGGAGAAGUGAAAGCCCUUGCUGGGCACAGAGUUCCUCUUCAUAUCACCACUCUGCCUCAGAAGUUGGGCAUUUUUCUGGACUAUGAAGCUGGCCAGGUGUCCUUCUAUGACGUGAAGAUGCGCUCUCAUCUCUACACGUUUAGCGAUGCUUUCACUGAGAGUGUCUACCCUAUCUUCAGCCCUUGCAUAAACCAAGAUGGAAAGAACCAAGAAGCACUGGUCAUCUCCACCGUCAAACACAGCUGAGACAGCAUACUCACUUCAGGGCCUUUCUUACGGUUUCAGGGUUGGACAGAAUACUUUGCUGAUUUUCACAAAAAAUGAAGACUUUCCUGGAAAAAUAAUACUCUUUUUUGUUUUGUUUAUAAGAGUUCACUCUGUAAAUGUAUGCAGAGGAGUGUGAUCUUAGAACACAUGCAUUUUGUGUAAAAAGACUGUAAGUUACUUUCAAAGAUGAAGAUAGUUACAAAAAAACAAUAUACUACCAUUCAAAAGUUUCAGGUCAGUAAAAAAAUAAUAAAAAUAAAUAAAUAAAUAAAUCUUAUUCCUCAAGGACACAUUCAAUUAAACCAAAAGAUAAAGUAGAAAUACUUUGUUACAAAAUAUUUGUAUUUCAAAUAAAUGCUGUUAUUUUGAAUCCUGAAAUAAGUUUCAACAUUGAUAAGACAUGUUUCUUGAGCAACAAUUCAGCAUAUUGGAAUUAUAUCUGAAGAAUCAUGUGACACUGGAGACUGGAGUAAUGGUUUUGACUUCGCAGGAAUAAAUCACACUAUUAAAAUAAAAAAAUGGUUUAUUUCACAAUAUUAAAGAUUUCACUGUAUUUUUCAUCAAAUCAAUGCAGCUGAGCAUUAGACACUUCAAAACAUUAAAAAAAACAAUCUCACUCACCCUAAACUUUUGAACGGUAGUGAUCUUUGAUUCAUGUUUGGUAUGGCUACAGUAUGUGACCAUUCCACUUAUUAUGAAUAGAUAUUAAUUGUAAUAACUUGCUACAGUCCAGAUUAUAUCCCAAAUGUUUAAACAUCUAGAUUUGUUUUACUUUAAAACAGAUGGAUAAUAUUACAAUUUACAUAAGCUAAAUGAAGAAUAUAUCAACUUUACAGAUCAGAUCAUUUGUAUUUUCCUGUGUAAAUCUUUGGGUGUAAUAAUGUUUGGAUAAAGGUUUUCUAUGAGUUUUCCAGAACUUUUGAAUAAAAUUAAUAAAUAACA